AUGCUGGGUUCCCGGCCAAACGCGUGCCCUCCCUGUCCCGCGUGGCCACCGCCGGAGCCGUUGAUCCAGAAUGGUGGGGCCGUAGGCAUCAGCUCAAACCUGCCGUGGUCUUUCCUCGAUUUGACAGCCCCCAUCAGGUCGCAGAUCUUUUUCAACUUGGUGGGCGACCUGCUGUGCUACAGUGGAGCCAACGAGGUGAACUUGCAGUUGAGCAUUGUCCGAUCAGCCUGCAGAGAACUUCGUGAUCAGGUGGAUGAGGAGUGCUUGACAUUCAACUAUGAUGAUACCUGUGGUCUUGGUAGCGGGCCGAGCCGUGAUCGUGACGAAAUUCUGGCCCUCAACACCUGGAUCAAGAGACACCCGCGACUCAAAUACUUCGAAUGCCUUGUUCGGAGUGCCUCCAAAUUCCGAAUCCUGCUGGAGGAGCUGCAACUGCCGCCUCGAACCCGAUGCAGCUUCGUGUUCGAGUUCAAGGUCACUGGCCACGAAGUCGAGCAACUCUUGCAGCGCUUUUGUGUUCGCCGAUUGUCGCUGAUGCCACAGGAAGACAAGGAUGGAGCUGGCCAGGCGCAGCGCAGCUGGAAAGCCUUCCCCGAGUCUGGCCUCCAGGUGUUGUGUUUGCGAAGUUGUUCGGACGAAAUCAUCCAGUCGUUCUUUGCCGUGAGCCCUCGAUUACGCAGUCUUCAAUUGGUCGACAGCAGGUUGCAAAGCAUGACGUCGGCGAUUUCGCAACGAUUGAGCAGCCUGAGCUUGACCGGGAUCACGAGUUUGCCCGACGAGCAGUUGUCGAAGCUGAUCGCCAGCUGUCAAAACCUUCGGUCUCUGUACAUUGCCAAAUGCCAUGUUUCUCACAUUUCCUUUGCUUUGUCGAACCUGGAGCUUCUUUCUGUGACGCACUGCCAGCAACUGACGGACCAGUGUGCUACUGAGAUCUUGUCUCCGGUGAAUAACCCCCGUCUUCGUUUCGUGGACCUCUCGGAGUGUCAAAGUCUGACAGCUCCAACGGUCGAGCACCCGCAGAUGGAGAUCGCAUGGCUGAUGCACUGCCCGCAACUCACCGGGCAGGUGGUCGCGGCCAU